AUGACCAACUGGGAGAAAGGUCACUACAUCAACUACAAGAAGAUGUCGGAGAACCUAGCAAUCGUCCGCAGCAGACUUAACCGCCCUCUCACAUAUGCUGAGAAGGUUCUGUACUCACAUUUGGACGACCCGCACGGACAAGACCUCGAACGUGGAGUUUCCUACCUCAAGCUCAGACCUGAUCGAGUAGCAUGUCAAGAUGCUACCGCCCAGAUGGCUAUUAUGCAGUUCAUGUCCGCUGGCAUGCCCUCAGUCGCUACGCCGACCACCGUCCACUGCGAUCAUUUGAUUGAAGCCCAGGUUGGUGGAGACAAGGAUCUGGAAAGAGCCAAGGAUAUCAACAAGGAGGUCUACGAUUUCCUGUCGACUGCUUGUGCCAAAUACAACAUCGGCUUCUGGCGUCCUGGCUCGGGUAUAAUCCAUCAGCUGCUGCUUGAAAAUUAUGCCUUCCCAGGCGGUCUAAUGAUCGGAACUGACUCCCACACUCCCAAUGCUGGUGGUCUCGGCAUGAUUGCAAUCGGUGUCGGUGGAGCCGACGCUGUCGAUGUCAUGGCAAACUUGCCGUGGGAAUUGAAGGCCCCAAAGAUGAUCGGAGUCAAGUUGACCGGUGAACUAUCUGGAUGGACUGCUCCAAAGGGUGAGACGACCCAGCUCAAGUCAUUUGCAUUUGACUAA